AACUUUCAAACUUCCUGGCGCGGUUUCUCUCUCUGCCACUCCAAAUCAAAACAAAACCCUAAUUCCCAACCAUUUCAAUUCCCCAAUCAAAUCAAUGAUCCUGUAGAAAUUCACCCUUCUUUUACAAAAUGCAGAACCAGAAACGGAUAACGUGCCCCGAAAACGAACCAUUAGCGGCGUACAUGCUGCAAAAAAGGCAAGAAAUCGCCGAUAAACCAAAAGGGAUAUCUGACAACUUAGACACAACUCUUUCUAAAGCUUACAACAGUGUCUGCACUGCAAACUCACCUAUCACUAAUCUCAAGGACUUAUCUCAAAUCAAGGGUAUCGGUAAAUGGAUUCUGAAGCUAAUGCAGGGGUUUUUCAAUAGUGAUCAUGGAAGUUCCGAACUAGAAGACUUGACCGACAAAGUUAAGAAAGGGAAGGAGGCGAAACGAUACAUGCCUCAAAAGAGUUCCGUGGCAUAUGCGUUACUAAUUACCCUCUACAGGGAGACUUCAGAUGGCAAUGAAUUUAUGCGUAAGCAGGAACUUAUAGAUGCAGCUGAAGCAAGUGGGCUAUCUCGAGCUCCUAUUAUGCCUGACAAAGGGAGAGGAAAACAGACACAAUUUGGAAGUUCUCCUCGGGACUGGUAUACUGGGUGGAGUUGCAUGAAAACAUUGAUAACCAAAGGAUUGGUUGUUAAAUCAAGUUGCCCAGCUAAGUUCAUGCUGACUGAGGAAGGACAUGAAGCAGCUCGUGAAUGCCUCAUGAGAUCUCGUCUGCCAGAUCCUAGAGAGGUUUCCCUUUCAGCUAUUGUGGGGGAGCCUUCCGAUGCAGACAUGAAGAAUGCAUCAAAUCUAGAAUCUAAUCACUCUGACUUAGCUGGAGCAGUGACAUCGUCAUCUAUUGGUGUAAGCAGACAGAAGAAACCAAUAGAUGUUCCUCUUGAAUCUCUUCAGAGGUUUUUACGCAUGGGAUACUCUAAGGAACAGGUUCUCCAUGCUUUCGCUGAAGUCUCAAAAGAAACUGCUCCGAACAAGGAUAUUUCAUCUCUCUGGCCGUCAGUUUUGUGUCGUCUACGAGAAGAUGAAGUUUAUGGUCUGCAUUCAGAGUCUCAGAGUUUCAGAAAGCAUUCCCAGUUGACGACAACAACCUGUAAAUAUGUAAAUGGUCAAAUGGAUCUUGUUGGUAAUGAGAGUGUAAUGGAUUUAACUUCUGCUGAUGGAAAAACAUCAGAUUCAUAUUCAGUCCGCUCUGCACCUGAUUCAUUUUCCUUGAGAACAUGCUCAUCAUCGGAUUAUCAUGUGAAAAAGUCAAGUUUUGAUGGUCUAGAAGCAAAGUUGAACACUUUAAGCAUGCCACCUCUGAGCUUAGGUGAAAGAUUUGAGGAUUUAUAUGAAGUAAUCUUAGUAUUGGAUGACAGAGAGCAGUUUGCUGUUCAGGGGUCAAAGCGUAGUAAACUUAUCGAAAGCAUUUGUAAAGAACAUAAAAUCAAAAUAGUGGUUAGGCGCUUACCUGUUGGAGAUGGAAUAUGGAUAGCUCGCCAUAAGUAUCACCACAGUGAAUAUGUUCUAGAUUUUAUAGUUGAGAGGAAAAAAGUUGACGACUUGCGCUCUUCAAUCAGGGAUCACCGUUAUAAAGAUCAGAAACUAAGACUUCUGAGAUGCGGACUUAAGAAGCUGAUAUAUCUUGUGGAAGGCGAUCCAAAUUUUUGUGAAGCAGCUGAAAGUAUCAAAACAGCCUGUUUUACAACAGAGAUUCUGGAAGGAUUUGAUGUGCAGAGAACAAGUUGCUUGCGUGAUACACUCAAGAAGUAUGGAUAUCUAACUCAUUCCAUUGCUCUGUAUUAUCGUUCGCAGCUACCUGCUGAUAAGCCCAAAUGCAACGAGGUCUGUCCUCCUUUUGAUGAAUUUAUUAAAAGGUGUCAAGACCUGGAGAAGAUGACAGUCAGUGAUGUAUUUGCCAUUCAGCUCAUGCAGGUCCCACAGGUAACAGAAGAAAUUGCCAUUGCUGUUCUAGAUCUGUACCCAACAAUUAUCUCUCUUGCACGUGCCUAUUCUCAACUUGAUGGCGACGUUUGUGCACAAGAGGAGAUGCUUAGGAAGCACAGUAACAAUGCCAUCAGCGCCACCGCUAGUAGAAAUAUUUUCCGAUUGGUUUGGGGCAAUGACCAUUGAGAGGGUGGGAAGUUGUCCAAGCGAAAGCCAGCCAUUCCGAUAACUGUAUGCACUGGGGCUACAUAGUUGCUGUGAUCGUAUGUGUCUGUCCCAUUUGCAUCUUUGGUAGGCAUAGCCAAGCAUUUUGAUUUGGAAACAGAACAGCUUCUUUCGUAAUUGUGAACAUGGCCGACUAGCACUAGAUCGACCUUGAACUCUACUAGUAAUGGCUCCACAAAGACGACAAACUUUCCGUCCACGCUUAACAUAUCAGAUGAGUACAUAGGUCUAUGCCUGCAUUUAUGAAAUUAUUAUAAUUUGUUUUGCAAUUAUUAUUCAUUUGCUUUACUUAGUGCUGAAUGAACCUCAACUUACCCUGUGAAGAUUAACCAAGGAGUUCUUGAGCGAUUAACUGAAGCCAUGUCCAUUCUCAUCCAUUGAUACUGUUCAGAACUUGGAGACCAGUCAUUUUCCGUUGACAUGACCACAAAAUGGACACUUCCUUGUUCAAUGGAAUACCAUGGCUUAUCCUUAGCAUAUGUUGGCAUUGGAAAAUAUUUCUCGUAAGGAACUCCGCAUUCUCCCCCUGAGUCAGGAGUUCCAUAAACCCCUCCCGAUUGUAUAUAAUCUCUGAAAAGGUUUUUCCGUAUUAGUAUCCUAUAGGAGCAACAUAGAGAGUUCGAAUGCUCAUUUGAAAGUAGAAAAACAUAAAUCUGUCACCUUUCAUGGUUUCCCAUUGCAGUCAUGUAAGAAACUCGAGAAGCGACCGGGUUGAUUUGGUGUAGAAAAUAGUCCCAUUCAACUAAGAAUCCGGUUGCAUAGCUUAUAUCUCCAAUGUGGAAGAUGGAGUCUGCAUUUCCAUAUUUUAGUUCUUCAGCUAUAGCAUCAAUCACUGAUAUGGAUCCUGGCUGCAUACAUUUAUAUACUGUGCAAUUAACCUC